CGGCCAAAGAUUGUAGCUGUGCUAGUUACGACUUGGAUCCUGGCCUUUUUGACGGUCUCGCUACGAUUCACCGCUCGAACUUUGGUCAAAGCUGGACUGUGGUGGGAUGAUUGGGUGGUUCUAUCGUCGCUGAUUUUCGGGGCCAUUGUGUCCCUGCUGCCGGUUGUCUGGAACGUUCGACAUGGGUUAGGGCUGCAUGUCUGGGCUGCGCCUCCCGGCUCAGUCUCAGCCUUCCUCAAAUCCUUGGUCAUUGCAGAGCUCUUCUAUGUGGCCGCCACCGUUACCAUCAAGCUUUCCAUUCUGCUCUCCUACCGACGAAUUUUCCGAAUUCCUCAAGUGCAGAAGGCGACCACAUUUGUUGCCUGGACCGUGUUUGCCUGGGCUCUAGCUUGUGUCCUCAUUGUUUGCUUCCAAUGCAUCUCCUUGCAGGGGUAUUGGGACAAGAGCAUCCCGGCCAAAUGUGGAGUCAACAACCGCGAUUACUUUCUGGGAAAGUCCAUCCCAGACACGGUCACCGACAUUGGGAUUCUGAUGAUCCCAAUGAGAGCAAUCUGGGAGCUGCACACCACCCUAACGCAGAAGACAUUUCUGACCCUGACUUUCUUGAUGGGGGGCCUGUGA